GGUGGAUGAAACCAUGAGAGGAGGUGAAGCAGAGUUGGCUACUGAGCCCACACACGUCAGCACCAGAAGUAUGAGGAAGGCGGUCUCUCUUAAGAAGGGGUUCUUCUGCUCCACACUGAACGGGGGGAACCUACGGACGGAUGAAACGACGGAGGAAGAGGAGACCCCCGCCGUCGAAGCACCCCGCGCGACGAAAAGGAAGGCUAGCGAUUCUCCCGAGCUCCCCACGGACUUGGCCGAAGAGAUGAGAACAUCUACUACGGCGGACAUAGGAGUGGAACUGAUCCGUCGAGCUUCUGAGGUGACCAAGGUUGCCGACCCCGCCUCUGGCACCUUCGCGAUAAUGGAAGGACUCAUAGCGGCAUUAGAGGCGGAGAACGAGGCGCUUCGAAAAGAGCUGGCCUCGCGCUCCACUGCAGAGGAGAGCAGCGAGACAGCGCGUCUCGUCGCAAUCGAAUGUUAGAUGGAGGAGCUAGGACCCUCGCUGAUCCGGCUGAUGGAAGAACGCCUCCAAAUUAUAGAAAGAAGAAGAGAAAAGAAGGUCGUUCCCAACGAGACCAAGGGAAGGGUGGAGCCUGGAGUACCAAACGCUCCAGCGACCAAGGGAGGACAAGCG